GUUUCCAUGUCGCUCUGGACCUGCACGACAUCCGGGUCCUUGAAUAGGGGGGAGAACUUGCCAGUAUUCUAGCGACUCCAACCGACUUGCUAGGUGCGGUUCUCAUCGGAUCCAGAGAGCUCUGGAAGGAGUCGAGGGGAGGCACCAGACUUCAACAAGACGUUAUUUGAGCGAGAAGAUCGUGGGUCGUCUUGUAUGGAAUUGUGUCCCCGCAUCGGAGAGGUUGGCCGUUUACACGUCGCACGAUUUGUGCGCUGGAAGGGAUGAGAGGUGCGAUAGGAGGUGUGCCCGGGCCAAUGCACGAGGCGUUGAGGACCCUUCCCCUGAGGUGAUAAGACUAGCUGUUCAAGCCUAUCGUUGACGGAUGUCCGACCGGUACCAUCGUCGCUCUCGUCGGCAUACCUUGGCCGGUCGAAGGCCCGUACUCCAGUGCUCACCACUCAAGCUCAGGUGCCGCGCAGCAUGCAUGGAGGUCAUGAACUCCUCACGUAGGGCGCCGUCGGAACUGAGAACGUCGCAUGUCUCUCCAAGCUUUCGAAUUCGAACGUCCGACCCAGCGUCGAUCCUUGUCUCUCGUACCGUCGAGCAUUGCUAGAUGUUUGCUAAAACAUACCGUCGUCUCUUAUGAUGUAGCUGUUGGCGUCUUCCAUCGCCGUGCCUCUCGAACCAGCUGUCAACAUGGCGGACAGGCUAGCAGGGUGAACCGCCGUGACGUUCACGUUUACGAUGUCAACGCGUGCCUCGCCAACGACGACGACUUGGGCUACGAGAUGACCAACGCCAAUCCGUUGUCCCCAUCCUCUUCGACAUCGGCCGUCCGCGCGGUCUUCGCGAAUGCGUCUCCGGCCCAGCUGACCCGUAGUCGAGAUACAUACUACAGUGCACUCCGUACUCGACAGGUAUCGCCUUCUGGUGUUCGGCGAGGAGCGGCACACCAACACGUCCAAUCUGAGCAGCGUAGCAUUCGGAAGCGUGGCAGAGCCGAUCUGGACUACAUAUGCUCGCGGCGCGUCCCCGUCGACGAAUGCCAGCGACAGGUGCCCGUUCUGCGGCCGUCGACCGUCCUCUCCGCCUGCCCCGCUGCUGGGCACCCGGACGGGCUGGAGAUCGGUCUGUCGGGUGUUCUCCGUCCCUGCUCGUAUGUCGUGUGAGGUAGAUAGAUGGAGCACUCCGGUCACGAGCGCGCUGCUAAGAGGACUGCGCCCACGGCCGACGGAUGUCUGGAGGGAGAGGGGAUGCGCGCACCCGAAUGGACAAGGUCGGUUACCGCAGCCUACCGAUAUGUGCACGAGUAUACACGGCGUUGUUGCGUGCGGGCAGAGACGGUCGAGCGGUGGCGCUGGGCGCAUACACUCGGCUGGGAGUCGGACGGGGCGGCAGCGUGAGGGAGAGACUGCGGACAGGAGGGAACUGACGGCAUCGACGUGGAGAUUGCACUAGGCUGCCUACACGGCGUAGCUAGGGUUGUGUAUGCGGGCAGGGAAGCGCGG